AUGAAAUCACUAAUUUGUUUUCUGGUAAUCGUCUGUUCGGCUUGCAGUAUCAUUGCAUUCAGUGAAGACGGGGAUGCUCAUACGGAAAUUAUACGUUUCGUUAACGAACUGAAUCACGGUGGUACAUAUAAAUAUCACUAUGAGACCUCAAAUGGUAUUACGGCAGAAGAAGAAGGUGAGGGUGGCCAUUAUGCCAAAGGUGGAUUUGCCUACUAUUCAGAUAAUGAAGAAUUAUAUCAAUUAUCAUAUAAGGCCGAUGAACGUGGUUUCCACCCGAGUGCUGAACAUUUGCCAAAACCUCAUCCAAUACCGGAAGCCAUAUUAAAAUCUAUUGAAUAUAUACGCACACAUCCGCAACAAGAAGGAAGAACUGGAGGAGGAGGAUAUUAA